GUUACGGUUAGAUCGUCGGUAGAGACCGCGGCACAGUCGACGAUGAGAGCUCGUGGCUUUUUUCUCUUGCACAUGCUGCUCAUCGGUAUCUUCUUCCUCGUGUCGGAAGCGAGGCUUGGACAACGUGCAGCCGCUGCUGACGACGACGACGACGACGACGACGACGACGAUGACGAGGACGAGGACGACGACGACGACGAUGGACAGAGCUACCAGACUGGGCCAGAGGUGGACGACGAUGGAAGGAUCUACAAGAACCCGCGUAAUUCACCGUCGGCUAUGUGCCCGAGGGACGAGGGACAGGCGGAAUUGCUCGGGCAAAAGUGUCUGAGAAAGUGCUCCACCGACGAAGAUUGCAAGAGCAAGAAGAAGAAGUGCAGAUGCGACGGUAUUUGCGGGAUGUCGUGUAUCAAGCCGGAGAGAGAGUGUCCAGCGUUGAGCGAGAUACAGCACGCUGUGAUGACCGUUACGGGGAGACUUUUCGGCGAUAGGGCGCAUUACACUUGCGAUCCUGAUUACUUCACCGUCGGUCUCACCGAGAGAACGUGCAGAGCCGACGGCCAAUGGACCGGCACGACGCCGUCCUGCAAGAAAGACAGGACAUCGUUCUGCUCGCAGCCGCCUAAGGUGAAAAACGCGCGGCACAACGGACUCGUCGAACAGACGACCUUCGACCUGGACAGCGUCGUCAAGUAUUUCUGCAACCAUGGUUACGUGACCAACGGUGUCAGCGCGGCGAGAUGUCUGUUGAUGGAGAAUAUCGCUAGCUGGUUCGGGCCUGAUAUCAACUGUGAGCCGCGAAAGUGUGGACCCCCCGCGGAUAUCGCGAAUGGAUCGCACACCGGCGAGUGUUACACGUACGACUGCCGCGUGUCGUAUCACUGUGCAAGCGGCUACGAAUUAGUGGGCAAAGCGGAGAAGCUGUGCCUCGCGGACGGCACAUGGACACCCGAAGAAUCGCCACAAUGCGUUCAAGUUACAACGGUGCAAUGCCCGAAACCGGAGAAUCCAGUGAACGGGACAGCGGUGUACACCUCGUAUGCAUACAAUUCGAUCGUGUCGUAUGAGUGCAAUCACGGAUACACGGUGGUUGGCGUGGCGACCAGACGCUGCGGGGCAGAUAGAAAAUGGACCGGAAAGACACCUACCUGCCAGGAGAUUAAUUGCGGUUCACCUGGUAUUCUAUACAACGGUUGGAUUGAGAAUAUCGAGGCGGGUACCGGUCUCGGCGCGAGCAUAAUUUUCCGCUGCAGCGACAACAAGAAGCUCGAGGGAAAUACCUCGUCGGUCUGUCAGAUCGACGGGAAAUGGCGUUAUCCGUUGCCGCAGUGUCUCUCCCAGUGCGUGGUCCCACACAUAGAGAACGGCAACAUCACCGUGGCCAGCCACGACAACAAGGACCACUUCAGCAACGUGACCAUGGUCGAGCACGGCGAGAAAUUGCUGGUUUUCUGCGAGGAGGAUUACGAAUUCGCAGCGAACAGCACACCGGUCGUUUGCAACAACGGCACCUGGUCCAUAGUGCCUAGUUGCUCGCCCGCUAGGUGCAAGCUGAUGCCGAAACCGCCGAAAAACGGGAUGGUGAUCGCUCCGAAGACCGAUCACGGCAUGAAGGCGAUUUUCAAGUGCAAGGAUGGCUUCGAACUCGUAGGCGGUGGACCUAUGAACGCCUCGAAGUCUGUCGAGUGUCAAUACGGCAACUGGAUAGGGGACAUUCCUUACUGCAACCAAGUGUUCUGCCCGUUCCCCGGUUUCAUCGAGAACGGGAAGGUGUUUCUCAUGGGAAACAUGGGCGUCUACGAUUACAGAUCGUACGUGAGGAAGGUUGUGAACAACAAGCAGAUUAUGUACGAUUGCAACAAGGGAUACGUGUUGGACGACGGACCAACUGGAGCUACUUGCAUCGGGGGGAACUGGAGUCCUAAGGAACUGCCUAAGUGCAUCCCUGGACAGCAUCCCAGGCUCAGAUGGAGCAGACGACGAAGAUCUGUCAACGAGGAGGAUCUUACCAUGAACUACAGAAAAUUCAUCGAGUUCUUCCGCAAGAUCGGCAAGAAGCUCCUUCACCUGGAGAUAAACAAGAGCAAGGAGCACACGAAGCACAAGCUCGAAGGGAAGAACUCCAACUCGAGCCGCCACGACAACAACACGGAAACCUUGUCCUGGAAGAAGCACCUGGGCCACGGAAACAGAUCCCGCCUCCGCGAGGAGAAGAUGAUCGAUUUCCUAAAAAUCGUCUACCGUAAGCUGCAACGAAUCGACGCGAGGCAGUCGAACAAUUCCACGAACGGCAGCAUGCACGACCUCUUGAACGCGAUGAGCAAGAACUUCUUCCACGUGGACCUGUCCGAGUCGAGGAAGAACAACUCCGGCAGAAGUCGAUCCGAGUUCGAGAUCCGCAAUCAGAGAGAGUUCAUCAAGCUGAAGCGAGAAUUCGAGCGAAUCAUGCGAUUCUACAACAAAUCGAUGCGCUGGAACGAGAAGCAGAAUCGUAAAGACUCGAAGAAGAAGGGCCAGUCUCACAGCGAGAAGGGGAAGAAAUCGAAGGACAAGAAGAAACAUCGAAAGAACUACUACAAAGGAUUCUACGAGUUCGUGAACAGUUACGUGACGGAGAAACUCUCGAUGCUGGAGGCAAGAAACGCCACCGAGGAGCUGAUGAAGAACAUGAAGAUCGACAAGUUCACGGUGAGAAACGGCACCACGUUCACCGUGGGCGAGAUGUACGCGUUCUUCAAACAUAUCAUAGAGGCGAAGCUGAACAGCACCGAGGACACCACGCUGCCAGAAUCGUCGACAACCGUGCAUCCCUCCACCACGACGAUCUCAACGACCACCACCAGCAGCAGCAACAACGGUACGACAACGUCGACGGGCACGAGUAGCACGACCACGACUCCAGCAACGCCCAGAGAGAUCGAGUCCCACGAGAACCGAUCCUCGACAGUGUCCAGCAACGACUCUUCCGUGCUGGACAACGAGAUUCCUGCCAAAGAAGAUGUACCGAAGCACCGCAGCAAACGGAUAAGAAACGCGUCCGAGGACAGCGGUCCCCCCCGUUCGAAGAGAAGAUUGCUGGCUCUGAAGUUGGUGAACAAGAUGAACAUACAGAACAUGAAGAUGUCGAGGAUACUGACCACGCCGGAUUACCGUCGUGGCGCGAAGAGCAAAAGGGCGAAGAGGUCGAGCAGCUACGACGACGAGAGCACGAGGCUGUUCACGUUCAAGGAGCUCGAGGCGCAGCAACAGAGCCGCUCGAAACGAUUCCUCCCCCUGUCCGAGCUGGACAAUCAAAUUGUCCUGAAGAACUUGUAUCUGCACGCGUACGAGGACGAGUAUCGGGCGAACGUGAAACGGUCGAUCGUCGAGGGGAACCAGACGAACGAUCAGCAACCGGCCGCUGUCUACAGGAGGCGCAAAGGCAACCUGGACGCGUACGAGAUCAAGUGAACA